GUGCUACUAUUCUGACACCCUUCAUUAUGGUAGUAUGCAGCUUCCCUCUUAGAGGUGAAGCCCCGCCCCUGCGUCCUCUCAGCGAUCCCAUAAUUCAGUGCGUUCAGCUGCUCUUUCAAGGGGAUCCUUUGCUAAGGACGCGUUAAAUUGUAGACCUGACACUUGAGUUUUGGUCAAACAUGGCUGAGGUCAUUGAAGAAAAGAUUAAGGGUUACAAAACUGCUCCAUUCGAUGCCCGUUUUCCAAACACCAACCAGACACGAAACUGCUUCCAGAACUAUGUUGACUUCCAUAGGUGUAACAAGGCCCUGUCAGCAAAAGGACAGGAAACCUCUCCCUGUGAAUGGUAUCAGAGGGUCUACAAGAGCCUGUGCCCCAUCAGCUGGUUCAGCAGAUCUCUUGUACAACCCUUACAGUAGCCACUAGAGGGCGCCCUAUAGUUCUUGGGACGUCAGCUGAAUUUUAUUUCAGAUUCCAGGCUGGACUAAAGCUGUUACCUCACAAAAUCCCCACAUUUUGCUUCAGCAAGGAUGUUGUGGAAUUGUAGCUUAAUAUUUGUGGUUAGUUAAGUUGUAAAUAAAAUGUAAAAAAAAAAUAGUCAGUCAUCAGUGCUAUAAUAAUCUGAAUUGCAAAAACAAUCUGUACAGUUUUAACAUUUUUUCCUCUUUCUACAGGUUGAGAAGUGGGAUGGACAGAUUGAGGAUGGAAACUUCCCUGGAAAGAUCUGAACAGUCUCUGCUUGCUUUUUUUUUUUUUUAGAUUUACCUCAUUUAUAAA